AAAUUGUAGUUUUUUCUUGACGAACAGUCUGUUAUUAAACUCCGGUGGAAUCCCCUACAUUUUAUGAAAUUUCCUGUCGUAGAUAAAAUGAACAUUGCGUUCAAUAAAAAUUAAGUGAUCCUUUUGUAUUUUUCGUGCAACGGAAUUGCCGUGGUCUCUUUUUUUCAUCAGACACCGGUUUCUACCAUAAUGAAAGAUUUCGUAGUGGUGGGGAGUGUAAUACUGCGGCAUUCAUGGCAUCCAUAACGGAAGAAAAAUUUUGACGUUUGUCAUAAUACAGGGUGUCACGAGAAUUACGUUCCUGUUCCGAAAACGCAAUCUCGGACAAGUGAUUGUUCGCGGAAUUUCUAAUAAGUCGUCGCUUACGAUUGACAGCUUAAAUCUUUAUACCGGAAAGUGGAAAAAAACAGUUCAACUUGUGUUGUAAGGGAAAAAUUUUAAUUCGAAGACAAACAAGGUAAUAUCAAAGCCAGUAAAGAUGGAGGCAGUCCCGAGGCUGCCGAUGAUAUCUUUUCAAUUGAAAGUCAGUCCUGAACCAACCGCAUUCGGUCCCAAAUUAAAACAGUAUAUACGCGAUUUUUAUAACGAAGAUCCCGAAUCCUAUUCCAAUGAAAUACACCAAUUGGAAAAAUUGCGAGCCAUGGUCGUUCGACCAUCUAUCGCUGUUACGGACUGUACUUUACUCCAGAAAUACUACUGUCAGUUGCACUUUCUACAGAGCAGGUUUCCUAUGGGAGCUGAUGAAGCUGCUGCUGUGACUUUUACCUGGACCGAUGCAUAUGGGAAUAUGGUUUGUUCCUCAGCUAAUAUACGCUUUGAGAUAAUGUCUAUUUUGUACAAUAUCGGAGCAGUUCACACCCAAAUGGGUGCUAGAAUAGAGCGCACCUCUGCCGAGGGAAUGAAAAUGGCUUGUGCUCAUUUCCAAUGUGCAGCUUGGGCUUUUGAGCAUUUACACAUACACAGCAAUGUAUUGAGUCUCGAUCUGGCUCCUGAACUCACGAGUUUCAUGCAUCAACUUUGCCUGGCUCAGGCUCAAGAAUGUAUAUUAGAAAAAAGUAUGCUGGAUAAUCGAAAGCCAACUAUAGUGGCAAAAGUUGCCAAACAGAUUAUCGACUACUAUUCACAAUCUCUUGCUACAUUGGAACCCAACAACAGCGAGGAUAAUCCAAUUGCAGAUACUGUCGGUUCCAAAAUAUACAAGAAUUGGAAGAGGUAUGUGAAGUUCAAAAGAGCUUAUCAUCUCGCUGUGACACAAUUAUAUCAAGGUUUAGCCGCUGAGGAGCAACAGAAAAUGGGUGAACGUGUGGCAUUUUAUAACGCUUCAUUGACUGCCCUGAACGAGGCUAGAUCAAUGUAUGCAAGUGCAAAGGGAACUAUGGGAAUUGCCGGGGAGAAAGAGGCUAUUGAGGAAGCAUUGACUUUUACGAAUGACGUUAUCGAAGGAAAAAGAAAGGCAGCAAAAAACGAGAACGAAUUUAUUUACCACGAAGAAGUACCGGAAAAAGAUGUUUUACCGACGAUCAACGGGGCAUCUCUCGUAAAAGGAAUUCCUUUUAGUGUCAAUGAUCCUGAAGUUUCGGGACCGGACAUAUUUGCGAGAUUAGUGCCAAUGAAAGUUCACGAAGCGAGUUCCUUGUAUUCGGAGGAAAAAGCAAAAAUCCUUCGUUCGGUAGGAACAAAAAUUGAAGAACAUGAUCAGCACCUCGACACGUAUCUCGCAUCAUUGAAACUUCAGCAUCUCAGUUUAUGGGAUCCCGACGCACAGAGUUCGGAAUCAGAAUUGCUCCCUUUACCGGACGAAUUAGCUGAAAGAUGCGCUGCUCUGAAUGCGAGACCCAAUGCAAUUGAGGAUCUCGUUGAUAUAAUGGGAAAGUUGUCAGACACAUAUCGUGAUGUUGAGGCAAUGCUGAAAGAAAUUGAUGGUCUACUUAACGAAGAGGAACAACGUGAAAAACGUUAUCAAGAAGCAAUGGGUAAAAGGCCACCAACGAUUGUGGCGACUGAUCUUACGAGAGAGGCUAAAAAAUACGAGGAAGCUCAUGCCAAAGCUUCUGAGAGUAAUCAAGCUCUUCAUCGGGCUAUGACUUUACAUGUUAAUAAUUUACAAGUUCUGGCUCAACCGCUCGCUGAUCUUAUGGCUAAAAUUCCAUCACCGAAUGUGAAUGCUGCUGGUCAAAGGAGUGACAACGAGAGUGACAAAACGAAUGCGCGGGAGUUGAAGCGUAUAUUGGGUAAAGUGGAUGAAAUGCAGCGUCAAAGAAACGAACUUCACGCAAAACUUCGUGAUUCAAUAGCUCAGGAUGAUUUGACGCGGCUACUAGUGACAGCGACAGCGGAGACGGGUUCGCUGGAGUCACUGUUUUCUGAGCAACUGGGUAAACACCAAGCGUUAGUGAAUCUGAUAGAUCAGAAUCUUGCGGCACAGGAGAAUAUACUGUCGGCACUGACGGACGCUUACGCUCGUACAGCGGACACUCGGAAAACGGUUGAAGAAAUAUUGAAGCGCCGAGAGUUGACGAUAUCCUCGUUGAUAACAUCGUACGACGCGUACGAGGACCUCCUAGCGAAAUCGACGAAAGGGCUAGAGUUUUAUCGAAAGCUCGAGGUAAAUGUAACGAAGUUGUUGCAACGAGUGAAAAGCACUUGUCGCGUACAGGAAGAAGAGCGAGAGCAAAUAAUGGCGAGAAACGAUAAAGGAAACAGCGGCGUUUCAACGGAAACUCCAAUAACCCCAGCGACGAAUACAGAAAGAAAACCGGGUUCGGGCAUGAAGUUGCGAGAUCAUUUGGCAGCCAGAUUGAAAAACAACACUCCUGCGAGUUAUCACCAACAAAACAGUUAUGGAAACGAGAAACACGCGAGCCCCAUUGCCUCGGUUCAACCGAAUUCCCAUGCUGCAACAAAGACAUAUCCUAUCGAUCCGUCGUGCGCGACCGAUCCGAGUGGAAUUCCCAUAAAUGCUGUAACGCCGAUUGCAGUCGAAUUACAACCACCGAACCAACCCUUGUAUCAACAAUAUUAUCCGAAUGAUUAUACGAAUUAUUACAUGACGCAACAGCAGGCACAGUAUCAUUCGGGACAAUAUUCACAGUACAAUAACGAUGAUUCGAAUAUAACAAACGGUGGUACGCAGAGUUUCCCGAAGACAGGAACGACCAACACGGACAGUAUGUAUCGACAGGCUUCGAGGCAUUCUGCAAGCGGCACGGAAGUUUCAAGCAACAGUACGCGUUACGCCGGUUACAAUAUUCCGCGAAAUGAACAGCUUUCGGCUUCUCCAUUGCCGGGACAACAACCUCAAUAUCCGGCUGCAGGGCAAACUCCCUAUGAGAGUCAACAUGCCGAAUAUGCUCAAUACUCCAACGAAUACAACAUGGUUCCGGAUAACCGUGGCUAUCAAAUACAAGUCCCGAUGUCCGUGCAACAACCGGUCGUUUCCUCUUCAGGAUUCCACAGCGUUCCAUCGAACCAUCAAGUGGCUUACAACCAAGGAAAUCUCCCGGGGAAUACACCCAUAGGAAUAAAUCAGUCACCAUCUCACACGCAAACUCCAUCGCAGCAAAUAACACCUUCAUCGAAUCCUUAUCGCGUGGAAGAUCUUCGGCAAGAUUCGACGCAGCCUCAGACACAAAGCAAUUUGAAUCAUCCUCAAGGACAACCUCAAGCUUACGACAGCGGCCAGAAUUACCCUUAUCAAGGCUUGCCUCAACAACCUAUUUCUCGACAAAUGUUGCAACCUUCCGGCAGCCCAGUCGCUCAAGGAUAUUCCAACACCGUGGGGAACGUCAGUUUACAAAAUUCACAAUUUUCUCCGCAAAUAUCAGCCGCGAAUCCACCUUACUCGAUGCCCGAGCAGUAUGUCCAGAAUCAACAAAUUUCAGGCAUUCCAACGAGUUCCAUUUCCUCUCCUCAUCCUGGAAACCUGUAUCCAUCGAGCAUCGUUAAUGUUACAGGACAAAGUUCUGUCUCUUCUAACAUGUAUUACGCUCCUGCUACCAGUCAACCAACCAACACACCGCAACAGUACCCAGUCGAUUAUACGUCACAGAACCAACAGAGUUAUGCCGAUACAUCAGUAGCACAGAACAUCCACAACUCUCAAAUUCCAACGAGUCAACCUGUGCCCAAUUAUCAAAAUUCUUACGUUAAUUAUCCAAGUGAUUCUGGCAUACAUCAGUACCCAAUCGCGAGCUCGAUGUCUUCGCAGAUUGGCAGCUCCGUCAACUACUCUAAUGGAACGGAAAUGAUUCAAAGUCACACGAAAUCGACUAGCAAUCCUGGCUUUUUGCCCAAUUAUCAAUAUCCUCUCCAGGCACACAGUACUGGAAUAAUACAGUAUCCAAAUUACUCACAACCUUAUGAAAAUUAUGGAAAUAGCUCUCAAACCACCCCGGGACAAAUGGCAUCUUCCUCAACAGACUCGUACCGAGGCCAUCCCGGAUAUGCUUACGACCCGGCUCUUGGAACUUAUUCGUACAGUUCCGGUUAUCAAGAUUCCCAAACUACCACACCAAGCAGUAUGAGCAACGAGAACUCAUACGUUUUACCACAAGAUGGACACAUCGCUGGACAACCUGCUUAUAUCCAACCGGAAAAUAAUUCAAGAUACACCAGUGCUAGUAACGGCGCUACAACCAAUCUUACACCUUCGUCUCAGUAUUCCAAUGGCUCUUAUCAACAACCGAAUCAGAAUUAUUAUACCACAGGGUACAAUGGCCAAUCGCAAAACCAAGAUUCCACACCUGCGAGUAAUAUUACAGACCGUAGCAACGAUACAACUUAUCAGCAAGUAUCCAGUGGUGGGAAUCCAGCGACAUCGACGUCACCUCCAACUGAAGUCAUGACAAAACCCAUCGAAACAAAGCCUGAAGCACCCAAAUCAAACUUGGAUCUUCUUGCUGAACUUGAUAUAACGAUAAACCAUGCUCCCCUGGUGCCUGAAGUGCAUUCCAUCGAAAAAAUUUCCAAAGAAGAACCUAUUACGAAUCCAAAGUUACCAGAAAUUAAUGACAAACGAAAAGACAGUCUCGAAAGCUCUCAUCACUUAGACGAUAAGCUUGAGAAUCUUCAGAUCGUUUGGGACACGUGGUACACCGAUGUUCAACCCAAACGUGAUCCCCUCGGUGAUCCUAUCACAUUGCAAAAAUUCGCCAUGGAUAUUGAAAAGUAUGAGAAAUUUGUGGAUAGUUUGACAGUUAAAACACUCAGUGGUUCGACCAGUUUGGAUAUCAAAUGGAGCGAAAUAACCGACAUUGAGGAACGAGAAAUGAAGAAGCAGACGUGCUACGUGGCACAAGCACACGCAAGCGCUAAUAGAACAACGAAUUUAGUACCUUACGACUCGACACGAGUGAGACUCUCAACGACCGAUGGCUCAUCCGACUACAUCAAUGCGUCGCACGUAAAUGAUUUAACCCAAUGGACACCAGCAGCAUUCAUCGUAGCUCAAGCACCCAAACCUGAAUCUUACGAAGCUUUUUGGACCAUGAUUUGGGAACAAGGUGCCGAGGUCGUGGCUUGCUUAGCCACGGACGCGCAGUUGAACGAAGAAAUAUAUUGGCCAAUCAACAAAGACAAUUUGACAAUUGGAAAAUUCACUCUAUCGCUGAAAAGUUCUUCGAAUCACACUUUUUACAUUCAGAGAGUCAUAAAUAUUGUGAAAUCCGAUCAACGGAUCGAAAGGGUCGUUGUACACAUGCAGUAUCUCGCUUGGCCAUCUUCUGGAUUACCUAGCAGUCCUGGUUCCCUGCUGACAUUCGCGACAGAUAUAUUAUCGGAGCAGGCACUCAGACACUGUUCCCCGAAGCCGAUAGUUGUUCACUGUGUAAACGGUGGUUCGCUCAGUGGAUUAUUCCUUCUGGCAGCAGCAGCAGUCUGUCACGUGAGAGCAGGUAACGGAGCAGUCGAUGUGCCGCUUGUACUCUCGACGCUCGUCAAAUAUCGCAGGUGCAUCAUUGAGAAGGAUUCCUUGUUGUUCGCUUAUCGAAUGGUGCUAUAUCAUGCCCAGGAUACUCUCAUGAAGCAUUAUUCACGCUGCGUAAGCCGAGAAUCAGGAGGUAUUUUAUCGUCGACGAGGUCAACUUUUGAGUGCUUCGAAAACAUGAAAGGUAACAAAGGUCGAGCCAUAAAAAAACCGCAACAUUGUCAUCCGUCUGAUGAUUUUUUACAUAAUCUCGGUGUCGGUAUUCAACAUGGAAUCGUAAGGCAACCAGGCGAGCAAUCUAUCGGACAAACAAGUUCGCAGUCGAAGAUUACAACGGUGCCACAAGAGAAGACUGACAAAGUUGAUCCUCUGAGUCAACUUGAUCCCCUUUGGUCCAUUCGAAGAUAGUCCGAUAACUAUACAUAUAUACAAUAUCCAAGUAUAUAAAAUUCGCAACUGCGGCUCUUGAUACAUAUUAUGUGAUCGCCAUGUCGCACGUCCUUCCAAGGGAUUGAAUACCAUACAUUCUAAACCUAAUACUUAGCAAGGCUUAUUACGUAAAUAUUCACGGUGUUUGCAUUCUAUGAGAAAUCAAUUGCUGCUCGUAUACGUGAUUACAUUUGUACAGACAUUGAUAUACAUGCAUCGAUUUAUAUAUCCAUAUGCGUGAACAAUACACAUACAUAUGUAUAUAUAAAGAUAGUAAUAUAACGUUUUGCAAAGUGAGUCUAAACGGAGGCUUAAUAAUUAGCCGCAGAAUAAAAUAAAUGAUGAAUUAAACAGUU